AAACCCUAAAACCAGUCUCUUGUUUCUUCUCUUUUUCUUCGCCGUCUUUCCUCAUCAGACUUGAGAAAAUUCACAAACCCUUGAGAACAAUCUCUAUCUUGUUUACUCCACUGACUGAGGAAAGAGAGCGUUUUAUCAUCUGGAUUUUGGAAUCUCCGUUACGAUGGAAGGUUCGGCUGAUCAAACCACGAAAGCGUUAUCUGAGUUAACCAUGGAUUCUUCUUCUUCUUCUUCUACCACCACGAACGCUGCUGAGCCUGCCGUUGCUGAUGCUUCUGAACCUCGGAGCAAAAAUGCUCUGAAGAAGGAACUUAAAUUGAAGCAGAAAGAGGAAGAGAGGAGACGCAAGGAGGAAGAAAAGGCAAAACAACCUCCCAAGGCAAGCCCCCAGAGCCAGAGGUCAGUGGCAGCAGAUGAUGAUGAGAUGGAUCCAACGCAAUACCAUGAGAACAGAUUGAAAUAUCUUGCGGCUGAGAAGGCUAAAGGGGAGAAUCCAUAUCCUCAUAAGUUUGCUGUGUCAAUGUCUAUUCCUGAAUACAUUGAGAAGUAUGGUAGUUUGAACAAUGGGGAUCAUGUUGAAGAUGCUGAAGUUUCUCUAGCCGGGAGGAUUAUGAGCAAACGAUCUUCCUCUACCAAGCUCUUCUUCUAUGAUCUUCACGGUGAAGAUUUCAAGGUCCAAGUGAUGGCUGAUGCAAGUAAGUCAGGAUUGAAUGAAGCUGAGUUUUGUAAGCUCCAUUCGAAUUCUAAGAGAGGUGAUAUCGUUGGAGUCACUGGAUAUCCAGGAAAAUCUAAGAGAGGAGAAUUGAGUAUCUUCCCCCGAUCAUUUAUCCUUCUAUCCCAUUGCCUUCACAUGAUGCCGAGAAAGGCUGAUAAUGUGAAUGCGCAGAAACCUGAAACCUGGGUUCCAGGUGAUACGAGAAAUCCUGAAGCAUAUGUUCUGAAAGAUCAGGAAUUAAGAUAUCGCCAGCGUUAUCUUGAUCUCAUGUUGAACGUGGAGGUUCGUCAGAUAUUCAAGACCAGAGCUAGUAUUAUCUCCUACAUCCGCAGAUUCCUCGAUAGUAGAAAAUUCUUGGAGGUCGAGACACCUAUGAUGAACAGAAUUGCUGGUGGAGCAGCUGCUCGUCCAUUUGUGACACAUCACAAUGAUCUAGAUAUGAGGCUGUUCAUGCGUAUUGCACCUGAACUCUUUCUUAAGCAACUUAUUGUUGGUGGCUUGGAUCGUGUUUACGAGAUAGGAAAGCAAUUCAGAAACGAGGGUAUUGACCUGACACACAAUCCGGAGUUCACCACUUGCGAAUUCUAUAUGGCUUUUGCAGACUACAAUGACCUGAUGAAAAUGACUGAGGAUAUGGUGAGUGGCAUGGUCAAGGAAUUAACAGGUGGUUAUAAAAUCAAGUAUCAUGCUAAUGGAUAUGACAAGGAUCCAAUCGAGAUAGACUUCACACCUCCGUUCAGGAGGAUUGAGAUGAUAGGAGAGUUAGAGAAGGUGGCUAACCUUAAUAUACCAAAAGACUUGACUAGCGACGAAGCUAACAAGUAUCUGAUUGAUGCAUGUGCGAGGUUUGAUGUCAAAUGCCCUCCUCCUCAGACAACGGCUCGUCUGUUAGAUAAACUUGUUGGUGAAUUUCUGGAAGUGACAUGUGUGAACCCAACUUUCAUCAUCAACCAUCCCGAGAUCAUGAGUCCAUUGGCAAAAUGGCACAGAUCGAAUGAUGUUUUGACAGAGAGAUUCGAGCUGUUCAUCAACCAACAUGAACUCUGCAACGCCUACACGGAGCUGAACGAUCCUGUGGUACAGCGCCAGCGUUUUGCUGAUCAGCUCAAGGACCGACAAUCUGGAGACGAUGAAGCGAUGGCAUUAGAUGAGACAUUUUGCAAUGCUUUAGAAUACGGAUUGGCUCCUACAGGUGGUUGGGGAUUGGGAAUCGACAGACUUACUAUGCUCUUUACUGAUUCACAGAACAUCAAGGAGGUUAUUCUCUUCCCAGCUAUGAGGCCACCACAGGACGAGACAGCAGCCGCUAAAGCUCCUUCGCAAACAGAGAAGAAUUAAGGAGAGAUUCUGCACAAGUUUUCAGACUAAGCUUUUUAAAGUUUGGUAGUCCAUUUGCUCUCAAAUUACUUGUAAUUGCAGACCAUAUUUUUCAAAAAAAGAAAGUUACCCGUUAGUUAUUAUCAGAAACUUUUGUAAGACGUUUUGCAAUCGUUGAUUGGUUUUUUAGCCGUGAUUUGACUUCAUAUUGCAGA